AUGGGCAAUUUGAUAACAUUGGAUUACUUGGAUCUUUCACACAACAAUCUAUCUGGACAGAUACCUAAGUCUCUUGAGGCACUUUCACAUAUCCAAUACAUGAAUUUCUCUUGCAAUAAAUUGGCUGGGGAGAUUCCAAAUGAAGGGCCGUUCAUGAACCUCACAUCACAGUCUUUCAUGGAGAAUGAAGCGCUUUGUGGGAAUCCUAUUUUGAAAGUGCCACCAUGUGCAAGCAAUAGUUCCAAGAAGUCGAUGAUUAAAAUUAAUCUUCGAUACAUUCUUCUUGUCAUUGCAAUGAUGCUAAUCUUUUCUAUUGGUGUGUAUAUUGUGAAAAGAAAUCAUGGAAACAAUGUACAAAGUCAAAAUUUGAUAGAUUUAUAUGCAACAACGGAGCACAGAACGAUUUCAUAUCUGGAGCUUCGACGAGCCACAAAUGACUUAUGCGAAGCCAACUUGCUUGGAGUAGGAAGCUAUGGCUCGGUAUACAAGGUGUACUUUCAGAUGGGACAAUUGUUGCCGUUAAGGUUUUAA